UUCCCUGGGCAUUCCAUUCAAGGGAGGAAGUCGUUGGGUGUUGUAAGAGAGAAAAAAAAGUUUUUCAUAUUUUUUUUCAUGUUAUUCAUUCAAAUAUUAUUUUUCUGUGCUAAUUCUAGAUAGUUGAAAGAAUGAGUAAGCUGAAGAAAGAGUGAAUGAAAAGUAUUUAUUUUGAUAAAAAGUUCAUUUUGUGAAAUAUAGAGCAAAUCUUUUUCUCUUCACCCUAAACAUUCCAUUUUGCCAAUUGUUGCAGAGAGAAGGUCUAAUGCGUGAAAUUAUUGUGUAUGAAUUUUCACAUUAAAUUACAUUCAAAUUUUAUAAUAGUGUCGAAAUAAAAACCGGCAUCUAAAUACUUUCUCAAAGUGUUUUUGUGUUAUCUCUGAAUGCAUAUGGAAGCCUUUUGAAGAAAUUGUGAGAGAAAUCAUCUGCAAGUUAAAAAGUUCUCUUUUUCUUCGUGUAACUUACGAACAAUGAAAGGAAAUGUGGCAAUUAUUUCAUGGUCAAUAAUUCCAUAUUUCUCUCAUAUUCAUAUUGUGUAUUGUGUCGUAGAGAACUGAUAGAAGAAUAGUGCUACAAUUAUAAUGAUAACAGUUUUUGGCUGAGAAAUAUUCAACAAAUUUCUAUGACUACCUCUUGAAAAUUUCAGUGUAAAAAUACUUACUAUCAUACCGCCCAGAAAACAUAUCACAGUUGUGGUAUUGAUCUUUCAAAAUUAUUGAUUUACUGGAAAUGAAGUUGGGAGAGCGUCCAAGAUAUCUAUAAAAAGAUAUAUAGUAAUGAUUUUUUACGUUACAUGUAUAAAUUUGUAAUAUGGAAAGUUAGAGCUUUAUGUCCGUGGCAAAGGAGUACAACGAAUUAUUUAUAGAGAAGCUUUACAAGUUCAAGAGAGAUUUUUAAAUGUGAAAUGGUUGUCGGUGGAACAAUUAUAUCAGGCGCAUCAGCCAAUAUUGGUAUUCCUAAAUCACCAUCAUUCCACAGUGGAUUGGAUUUAGUUGCAACGAAAGAGAACAAGAUGCCAACAAUUGAUUCAAAAACUGUGACAUUAGUGACCCUCUCAAUGGAUUCAAGUCCAAAAUAUUCUUAUGCCAGAGAUAGAAAAAUCUUCUCAAAUCCACCCGAGAGUUUGCCAAUAUAUCUGCCUCAUCUCAAAGAGGCCAGUCCAAAUGAACGAGAGGAUUUAUUUAUUCAGAAAUUGCGACAGUGUUGUGUUCUAUUUGAUUUCUCGGAGCCACUCAGUGACCUGAAAUGGAAGGAAGUUAAGAGGGCAGCCCUUCAUGAGAUGGUGGAAUACUUGAGUCAACAUACUGGUGUUGUAACAGAGAACAUCUAUCCUGAAGCGAUUAAGAUGUUUGCUGUUAAUCUGUUUCGAACACUUCCACCAUCUUCCAAUCCAAAUGGUGCAGAGUUUGAUCCAGAAGAGGAUGAACCAACAUUGGAGGCAUCAUGGCCACAUUUGCAAUUUGUCUAUGAAUUAUUUCUACGAUUUCUCGAGUCACCAGAUUUUACACCGGCCACAGCCAAACGGUAUAUAGACCAGCAGUUUGUGCUGCAAUUGUUGGACCUCUUCGAUUCGGAAGAUCCACGCGAGAGGGACUUUCUAAAGACUGUUUUGCAUAGAAUAUACGGAAAACUAUUAGGAUUACGAGCGUUUAUACGGAAACAAAUUAAUAAUGUGUUUUACAGAUUUAUCUACGAAACCGAACACCACAAUGGUAUUGCUGAAUUGCUGGAGAUUCUGGGGAGCAUUAUAAAUGGUUUUGCUUUGCCACUUAAGGAGGAGCAUAAGCAAUUUCUCCUCAAAGUUUUGCUGCCUCUGCAUAAGGUUAAAAGCUUGUCGGUGUAUCAUCCACAAUUGGCAUAUUGUGUUGUUCAGUUUUUGGAGAAAGAUCCCAGCCUCACUGAACCUGUAAUAAAGAGUUUACUGAAAUUCUGGCCAAAAACUCACAGUCCGAAAGAGGUGAUGUUUCUCAAUGAACUAGAGGAGAUAUUGGAUGUAAUCGAACCAGCAGAAUUCCAAAAAGUGAUGGAACCACUGUUUCGUCAAAUUGCCAAAUGUGUCUCGAGUCCACAUUUCCAAGUUGCCGAGCGAGCUCUGUACUACUGGAACAAUGAAUACAUAAUGUCCCUGAUAUCAGAGAAUUCCCAAGUGAUUCUGCCGAUCAUGUUCCCAUCGCUCUAUCGCAAUUCCAAGACACACUGGAAUAAGACAAUUCAUGGUCUUAUCUACAAUGCCUUAAAACUCUUCAUGGAAAUGAACCAGAAAUUAUUUGAUGAAUGCAAUAAGAACUUCAAACAGGAGAAUCAAAUAGAGCGAGAGAAGCUGACGCAGCGUGAAGAGAUUUGGCAGCAAGUGGAAACACUGGCCAAGAAUAAUCCCGAAUGGAGUCGUGUUUCAGUCAAAAUUGAACAUUAUGCAAUUGAUGCGUUGGCGAGAAAUGAUGCAGAUACUUUGAUUAAGACCAAUAAGUUGACUUAUGAUGAACUGGAGAAGGAAUCUCGAGAUGUGCACAUCUCGAAGAAUAAAGAAAAACCUCUGAUUCGACGCAAAUCGGAUUUACCUCAGGAUUCGGGGACAGUGCGAGCCUUGAUUGAGCACAAGCGUCCUGAUGAAUUUCUACCAACACCGCCUGAUCCUAGUAAAUGCUAAACAAAAAAAGAAGAAGGAGCAGUUGAUCAUCUUAAGGUGGGAGUUAUUUUUCUUUAAUUAUUUCUCUCAAUCUAUUCCUUAAAAUAUUUAUGAAGAAAAACUAUUUGCUAACGCGUAGAGACAAAUUGAAACAAGAAGAAAAAAAUGAAAGAAAAUCACUAACCCCUCUAAAAAUAUAUUUAAUUCACUUUUCUUGAUGAGAAAGUAGAAAUUGAUUAAACUUGAAAAAACGCCUAAUGAAUGGGUAAUACAAUAAUAUAGCAAAGAAAUAUUUAACAUCCUCACUAUCUUUAGAGGCAACAACAAAAAACCAGGCAAUUUUCUCUAUGGACUUUUACACAUCUUAUGCCCCUUCACAGCAAAGCAAGGGCAAUAUAGUUCAAUUGAUAGAAAAAGAAAACAUAAUGGUGCCAUUUUCUCAAAGUAUUUCCUUUUUUUUCUAUCUAUUGAGUUUUUUCUUCUAUUUUUCUCUUCAUGGAUACACACGAUGAUAUACAAGAAAAAAAAGAACAAAAGUUAAAAGCAGAAUUAAAUUGGAAAAGAUGUAAUGCCGUUGGUGCCAAUUUGUAAAACAUCAAGAGAAAACACAUGUUUUUUUGUACAUAAAAGAAAAAAAGUUAAAAGUUUCGUGAAGGGAAUUAAUAAAUGAAGUGAAAAACUAUGAAGGAAUGGAGAGAGUAAUAUAAAAUAGUACACUUUACAUUCUGCUACAGAAGAGUUAAAACUGAAGUUAUAAAUGUGAUUGAGAUAAUUAUAAAUUAUUCUGAAUUCUAAUAAUAAUUAUUAGUAGUAUUUUUUUCGUCCAAUAGCAUUUUUUUAGUGAAUUCUUUUUUUCUACAAUAUUUCAAGAUUAUAUUUUCAUAUACAUUUUAGUGAGAGAAUUUUUUUUUACGACAUAAGGACCCUAAUUCCAAUAUAAUAUCUUACACUUGUAUAACACUAAAAGAAAGAAAUCUAUGUCACAAGUUGGUGUACUUGUAGGGAAGAAUAGGGCAGUUUCGUGCAGUUCAACCUGGAUUGAUUGUUUUCUUCUUUCGUUCAAUCUCAAGCUAAAGGUACUGUUCAACUUUGCGAUUUUUUUCAAUACAGUAUGAUACUCGAAAGAUUUCCGAAUUAGCUUUAGAUGCUAUUUUACCUUUAAUAGUCCCCUUAUCUUUCAUAGUUAGAAAAAAUCAAUUAUAAUUCUUCAUCAAACUUUAUCCAUAUUUUAAUAUAUUUUUUUUAACUCCAUGCACAAAAAAAAUAUUUUAUAAAAUUGUUGUUAAUGUUUGUGAAUUUCUACUGGAUACUUACAAAAUACUCGUAAAUCGUAUAACUGAAAUAUUCGUAAAUAUUUGUACUUUUUUUCACAAACAUUUUCCUUGAAAUGAUCACUUAACGAGUAUUUUUUGUUCCUUUAAAAACAUUUGUUCGUAAAUGUCCGUAAACGCACAAAAUAUUUUCGUAAAAAUUUGUCAUUAGCUCGUAAAGUUUGUCAGACAGACAAGAUCAAAAUUUCAAAAUUUUCCACACUUAACGAAACGUCACUUCUGACAAAUAUAUAUCUUCAUUUCUUUGCCGAAUUUGUUAAAAUUUCGCCAUAUAAAUUAGAAAAAUUAAUUAUAGGUUGUAUUAAAUAAUAUAUGACAGACCAUAAUCGGGAAUAAAAGAAGUGCAAACAAAAUUACAUCUAAAAAUAUGUAUCAUUACGAUUAAAUUACAAGAUCCAACAUAGAAUUUUUCAUAGUAAUUCUCUAAUUCUCUUUUUGUAUCAUCUCUUAUAGAAAUAUACCUCAUCAAAAACAAUUUCCCCGUGAAAUUCUUCAAAUUGUUAGUAUCUUGAAAAUUCCAUGCACCUCCGAGAGGUUCUUGGAAUUAUUUCAAGAAAACAAGAAAUUUGACGUCUUGAAAUUUUGAAAUAAUUGGUUCUAGAAUUGCAAAUCUUGAUAUCCUCACGGUUUAUGUCUUGGAUUUCAAGAUUUCAAGACAUUUGACAGAUUUGACAUCUUGAUCUUGAUUUUUUGAUUUCAAAAUGCCAAAAUCUUGAAAUUUCUUGAUCUUGAUAUUGAUCUUGGUCUCAGAAUUGAGGCCAAUGUUUGUUAAAAAAUACAAACUUUUACGAACUUUUUAGUGGGUUAAACAAUUUACGAGCAUUUCAUAACUCUCCAGUAGGAAUUCACAAACACUUAGGGUAAGUGUGCCAAAUUUCGGCAUAGUUGCAUGCAAGCGCCAAAGUCUCAAGUUUGAAAUGUAAUAUCUUUAAUAGAAAUUGAUUAUUUCUUUUCAUUCCUUCUACUUUAGAAGUGUUGCUUAGAACCUUGUAGACAGUUUAUCGGCUUCAUUUACUUUAAAAUCAUUCUUAAUACAUUUUAAAAUGAAUAAAAAUAUCGACAUAGCUUUGGUGCCCUAUUUCGGCCACCUUCAUUCUCAUAGUACCAUGCCCUUCGGGAAUUCUUCCAAUGUCUUUUUCACGUCAUCUUGUUUGUCGAAGCUACAUUUUUUGUUAUUCUUUUGCAUUGUAUAGUCUCUAGAGUACGUAAAAUCUAAAAGUUCAUGGAAAUUCGAGGAACAAAAAAGGUGGCCGAAAUUGCAAGCUGGCCGGAAUUUGGCACAUUUACCCUACGUACAAUUUUACGAAAUAUAUUUUUUUUCUGUGUGGAUAUCAUAGUUUUCUCUGAAUGGGUAGAAAAUGUAUGCAGCAGGAGUUACUAGCCAAUUAGAGAAUCUGAUAUCAGAUACAACUGAAAUAUUUGAUCCCAUAAAAUAUUUCAGGCUAAUUGUAUUCACUGAUUGGUUAAAGCUUUGAAUGCUUUUAAGCUCUAACCAAUUAUAAAAUGAAAUGUUUUUUAAAAUAUUUUAUAGAACUAUGUAGAAUUAUUUUAUUUAGUGCUUUGCACUUGUUUUUUAUCGUUUAAAGCGCUAGCCAAUGAAAAAAGGCGAUUGAACUAAAUAUUUUACCCUACAAUAUAUUUUAUGGGAUUAAAUAUUGAAUUGGAUAUUAUUGUAAUAAAACAUUAAACCUUAUGGAAUGUUCUUCAUCAUUGCUUUUUUGGAUUGCCUAGAGAUUGUACAGUGGCAAAUACUCAAAGGCUAGACAAUAAAACUGCUCCCUAAAAUCCAAAUUUCGAAUGAUUUAUUUGACAAUGUGAAUGAUUUUUGAAUUUAAAUUUAAAAUCACAUAGGGUAAGUGUACCAAAUUCCGGCUAGCUUCCAAUUCCGGCCACAUUUUUUCUUCCUCAAAUUUCCAUGAAUUUUUAGUUUUUGCAUACUCUAGAUAUUAUACAACGUAAAAAACAACAAAAAAUAUCGCUUCGACGAGCAACAAAAUCUGAAAAAGGCCUUGGAAGAAUUCCCGAAGGACAAGGAACUAUGAGAAUGAAGGUGGUCGGAAUAGGCAGCCAACGCUAUGUCUACAUUUUUAUUCAUUUUAAAAUAUAUUAAAAAUGAUUUUAGAGAAAAUAAAGACGACAAACUGUCUGCAAGGUUCCAAGCAACAUUCCUUAUAAAAAAUAACAAAAAAAUCAAUUUAUUUUAAAAGUUAUACAUUUAAAACUUGAGACUUUGAUACCUGCAUGCUUUGCAUGCAAAUAUGCCAAAAUUUGGCACACUUUCUCUAUUGAAUUGUAUAAGAGGAGUUACGUUUUAAAAGAUAUUCUCAGGACUAGAAAACAGCACGUUGAUUCACUUCUGUGACAUAGAAGGAAAUAUCUAUGGAAUAAGUUACGGAAACGUCGUGAUGUAUGCGAAAUAUUUUCGGUGCCAAUUUUGCAGAUUUUUUUCAAUGCGAAAUUCAAAUUCUUUCAGUCCGUCAUCACUUACACGGAACUCCCUGAAUUUCAGACGCCUUUAUGCCUCUCUCCGAGGUCUUAAAUUAAGAAAAUUACAUAAAAUCAAAAUUCCCAAAGCUUUUUCACAAAUGGUGUGCAUUAUGUCCGUCCAACUCUUUGGCAGUCAAAUUGAAUUGCGAACUAAAUUGAUUUUUGUGAUAUUUAAAAGUAGAAAAAGAAUGCCAAAUAGUGAGGCAGGCAGAUGGAAAAUUUUUGGUUUCAUGAAAUUUUCUUGACCUGAUACGUCUAUUUUGAAGCAGUCGAAGCGGUAAAGACCAAAAAAAUUUCAUGAAAUCAAAAUUCGCUUCUGAAAAGUUUUUCACAUGACUAUUCCACUUUUUCGCACUCGAAAAUUAAAUUGAACUACAUUAAAUUCGUUAUGAUGUUUAGACGAAGAAGAAGAGUACGAAGGAGUGAGACAGACAUAUGUAAAACGUUCGAGAAGAAAAGGGAUGUGAAUUUUGAUUUCAUAAAAUUUUCCUGUUCUAAAAGUUGUGCUAGAACCAUUACAAAAUUAAUUUCGCUACAAAGAAGAUUUGCUUCAGGCUUUUAUGCUGUUUUCAACAUAAAGAUUUGAAAGGUUGUAUUUUAAAAGUUUGUCAAUUAGACUUUUUUCCAUAAAUGAUCCGAAAAAGUGUUUAUCAAAUGGUUGAACAUCAAACGUUCUGAUAUCUUUUAAGCUUUUCUAUCAAACGAACCCAGUUUGAUGAAAUUUAAAAAAAAAAAGAAAAGAAACAAAACUACAAUACAACCCUUUUCUUUCGGAACAAUAAUUUGUAGUGAAAUUCAUGAAAUUUAAAUUGGAAAAAAUGAUGAAGGUCCAUAUUUGACACUGUACAGUAAAUUUUAAAUUUAUAAUUAAUUAUAAUAAAUCUUCCUAAACGUAUAUUCGAAUAAAAUCGCAAAGUUAAAUAGCCUUCUAAUACUAUCUUAUUGUAUGAUUUGACUAUUAACUAUUAAAAAAUAAAAAAAAACUAAAGCACAAUUAAAUGAUAAACAACAGUUUUUCUAUAAAAAAAAUAUUUAAUACCAACUAUGUGUGAAACUGCCCCAUUCUCCUCUGACUACUAUAUAUUAAUUAUGUAUUUACUGAUAAAAGAAGAAACUGGGCUGAUGGAGUGUGAAAUAAGCGAUACAAAUACGCCUUAAAGUAAAAUUAUUAACUUUGAUAAAGUGUAGGAGGAGAGAUAACUAAAUUGCACUAAAUGAAGAACUUUUGAGAUAUAAACUCCAAAUUUUUUGUUUGUUUGAGGACGCAAGAAAAGUGGAAAAUGGGUAUCGAAUACAAAAUGAAUUCUGAUAUGAUGAAACAAGAAAAUAUAUUUAGAUAGUAGCAAGAAUACCUAUGAUAUCUUGUUAAGUAUUGUAAUAAUUGCAUAACAAAUUUUAAUAGAAAAUCAAAUUGUUGCAAUGAGUCGCAAAUGAUUAUAUUACUAAUUCCCUUGCAAAUGAAGUUGUAAUAAUAUCUCAUAUUUGAUUGUAAUGUUGUUUAGCGAUUUCAAUGAAGAAAGAAACAAUGAUUUCAAUUUAGGCUGGACUUAAUUUUAGAGGUCUCUCUCAGUGUUAGAACUUUUUUUUGCUUCAGAGAAAUUUCUAAAUAAAUAGCCUUGUGCUCUUACU